CUGCCACCAGCCACCGAGAUGCUCUCCAGAGCUGCCUGGAGCUUCGUGCUGCGAACAGGAGGGCUCGGAGCCCGAGGCACACACAGCCCAGGAGACGCAGCCCGCAGCGAGGGGAGGAUGCCGCCGUACACCAACUGCUAUGCCCAGCGCUCCUACCCCAUGCCGGACGAGCCGUUCUGCACGGAGCUCACCGCCGAGCAGCGGGCCCUGAAGGAGAAGGAGAAGGGCAGCUGGACCCAGCUGAGCCCUGCCGAGAAGGUGGCCUUGUACAGGCUGCAGUACCGGGAGAGCUUCGCCGAGAUGAACCGGCGCUCCAACGAGUGGAAGACCGUGAUGGGCUCUGUCUUCUUCUUCUUCGGAUUCACGGCCCUGCUGAUUUGGUGGCAGCGAGUCUACGUGUUCCCGGAGAAGCCCAUCACGCUGACCGACGAGUGGAAGGCUCGGCAGCUGCAGCGCGUCCUGGACAUGAAGGGCAACCCUGUGCAGGGCCUGGCCGCCCGCUGGGACUACGAGAAGAAGCAGUGGAAGAAGUGACCUCGAGCCCCGUCAGCGGCUCCCCCGGCCCCGCUU